UUCAAGCUAACCAUAUUAAUACCUAAGAUCAGAUUCUAACAUGCAGCAAGUUUAUCGAAGCCUCGGACCAAAGCGCUUAAGUAUCACAAUUUCAGCUGAGUGAAUCCUGUUAGCAGUCGGCUCUGCUUCAUGGAGUCUGUGGUGGCAAGAUGUGUGAAUCUGAAAUCCGUACAAUUGUCCACGAUUUACAAGACGCAUUGUGAAGCUGCAGCACCGAUGGAGCUAAGCAUGAGUAGAUCAACGAUACCUGGCGCGAGCAUCAGCAGUCACCGAGCUCGUGAACUUCGUGUUUCACUCUCCAGAACACUCGGCCGCAAGCCGUUUCCUGGUGCGCCAGUGAAUGGCUGCGUUGGUAUGUUGCAUGAGACAGCCGGGACCGCAUCAGCUGACAGUUGUGCAGAUCUGAGCCAGACGAAGAGGAGGAUCGAACUUCCCCCUGAACUGAAUCCUGAGGUAAUGCCCAAGCAUGUUGCUCUUAUCUUAGAUGGCAACAAUCGUUACUCGAAGGCGAGAGGCGUGAGGGGAAGUGAAGGCUUCGAAGUUGGGCUCAAGAAGAGUCUCAAAGACGCUGUGAGAGUCAGCGUUGAUUGGGGAAUCGAGAUACUCACACUCUUUUACUUUUCUUACGACAAUUGGAAUCGAGAAAAGGUUGAAGUUGAAACAAUAUUUGGGCUUUUCGAGAUAUAUCUGAUCAAGUACAGAGAAGCCGUAAUGAGGUAUAACAUUCAGUUUUCGGUCAUGGGCACCCCAGAGAGAUUUCCUGAGACUUUGCAAAAACUGGUGGCUAAGGUGACGGAAGAGUCUCGCAACAACAAGGGACUGAAGGUUGUUGUGGCAGCCGGGUACGGUGGAAGACAGGACAUUCUUCAAGCUACGCAAAGAAUAUCUCAACUGGUGGCUAACACAGAACUCUCCAUCGAUGAGAUAACACUGGAGGUGUUCGAGUCACACCUCAUGACAAAAAACGUGAAUCCAUCCAGUGUUGAUCUUAUGAUUCGAACAAGCGGAGAGCAGAGAAUUAGCAACUUCCUUCUAUGGCAGACGGCGUGGACCGAGUUUGUAUUUUUGAAGGAAAACUGGCCCGAGUUUAGACGUGAUUCGAUGAAGAAUGCGCUAAUCAGUUACCAGUCUAGGGACCGAAGGCUUGGUCUAAGACAGACCAAGUUCUGAAUCAAAUCAAUUGCAGAUACAUCGCAAGAAGUGCAGCAUAUCUUCACAACGAAGUUCUUAUUAGAGCUAGACAAGAGAAAGCGUGAGACUGGUUCAGCAUACUAUGGAAACAUUGUCAAUGGAAGUGUAAGACAGGAAGCGUAUGGUUGUGCUACUCUCUAUCUUUCUAUUCAUCGUGUUGGCAGAUAGAGGAUGCGCACAGCAGCAGUCACACUUCUGACUGCGAUUAAAGGGGAAGAACCCAGUGGACUUCUAUAAGUUUUUAUUACUAAAGACUCGCUGAUUAUUUAUAGAACCUCACGA